AUGGCUACAAGCGGCAGGAAUGGGGCCAGGCCCAACCGUUUCCUAAUCUGGGGUGGCGAGGGCUGGGUUGCCGGGCAUCUGAAGGCCCUCCUAGAGGGCCAGGGCAAGGAUGUCUUUGCAACAACAGUUCGCAUGGAGAACCGUGAGGCUGUCCUCGCCGAGCUCGAAAGAGUUAAGCCCACGCAUGUGCUCAAUGCGGCUGGCUGCACCGGCCGCCCCAACGUGGACUGGUGCGAGGACAACAGGGAGGCCACAAUGCGCUCGAAUGUCAUCGGCACCCUAAACUUGACCGACUGCUGCUUUCUAAAGGGCAUCCACUGCACCGUGUUUGCCACGGGCUGCAUAUACCAGUACGACGAUGCCCAUCCGUGGGACGGGCCGGGCUACCUCGAGACGGACCCGGCCAACUUCUCUGGCAGCUUCUACUCCGAGACUAAAGCGCAUGUCGAAGAGGUUAUGAAAAACUACAAUAACUGCUUGAUCUUGCGGCUUCGCAUGCCUGUGUCAGACGAUCUGCACCCCCGCAACUUUGUCACCAAGAUCGCCAAGUACGAGCGAGUGGUGGAUAUUCCAAAUAGUAACACGAUCCUGACAGACCUGCUGCCAGCGUCCAUCUUACUGGCCGAACAUGGCGAACUGGGUAUCUACAACUUCACCAACCCCGGGGCCAUCUCUCACAACGAGGUUCUUUCUCUGUUCCGGGACAUUGUGCGACCGUCCUUCAUGUGGAAGAACUUCAGCCUCGACGAGCAGGCCAAGGUUAUCAAGGCAGGCCGCAGUAACUGCAAGCUGGACACGACCAAGCUGACGACCAAGCUCGGCGAGUACGGCUACGUGGUCCCUAAGAUUCACGAUGCGUACAGGAAAUGCUUUGAGCGAAUGAAGGCCGCCGGUGUUGAGUAG